ACACGUGACCUAUUCAAGGAUUGCUCUGAUGUUUGACGCCAUCCCUACGCUUUUGUGAGCUGCUGGAACAUAUUACAAGCGAGAUGCUCAUUAUCUUUCCUACAGGCGUGCUGCAAAGCGACAUGACUGUGCAAGUUUAAAUCCAAGAGGCGAACGUACAGAAUUUGCCACUAAUGAAUCCUUAUACUUGACAACGUACAGGAAAUUAAUAUUAUAUUGUCACUUGGUGGACAAACGCGAACAGUUCUCAUUUAGGAAUUAGUUUUUUUCUUUUUCUAUAGCUUGCGUCAAAUCUGUGAGAAAAAAAAAAACAAACUUGGCUACAAGAAAGGAUGAACACAAUACGACAGGUGCCAUCACGGGUGAAGAGUAAAAGAUCGGAAACGAAUCUAGGAGCAGAAAGGGAGCAUUUCGAUAAACAGCAGCUCAGCAGCAUCAGUAAAGCUAUUAACUCCACUGAGACACCAGUAAAGGAGAAGCAUGCCCGCAGAAUUAUCUUGGGAACCCACCGGGAAAAGGGGGCGUACACUUUCUGGUCUUAUGCUAUUGGUCUACCUUUGUCCAGUAGUGCUAUUCUUAGUUGGAAGUUUUGCCACGUUUUGCAUAAAGUUCUCCGUGAUGGUCACCCAAAUAGCUUGCAAGACUGCAUGAGAUAUUACAGUAACAUUGCUGAGACAGGAAUACUAUGGGGAAACCUCAGGGAUAGAUAUGGAUAUGGCCAACUUGUUGCACUGUAUACCAAGCUCCUCUGCUCCAAGAUGGAAUUUCAUACCAAGCAUCCAGAUAUCCCACCCAACCUGGAAGCCACAGAUGAAGUCCUGGAGCGCACCGCAGGAACAGAUAUCAACAAUGUGUUCCAGCUCACUGUUGAGGUGUUUGAUUACAUGGAUGUAGAGCUUCGGCUUGCAGAGUCAGUCCUACGACAGCUCAAUACCUCCAUUGCCAUCUCAACCUUGACAGCAGGCCAGUGCAAACUAGCUCCGCUAAUCCAGGUCAUCCAGGACUGCAGUCACUUGUAUCAUUAUUCCGUCAAACUCCUCUUCAAGUUACAUGCUUGUUUACCAGCUGAUACACUCCAGGGCCAUCGUGAACGUUUCCACGAUCAGUUCCAUAGUCUCAAAACAUUUUUUAAUAAAGCAAGAGACAUGGUGUACUUCAAAAGGCUUAUCCAGAUCCCAAGACUACCUGAUUCCCCUCCAAACUUCCUUCGUGCCUCUGCACUAGCAGAGCAUGUGAAACCAAUGGUUGUCAUCCCAGAUGAUGAGGAACCUGAGGAGCAGGAAGAGGAUGAGCCUGAACCACUAAUAGAUGUGAGUGAGGCUCCUCCAGCCAGCAUGGCUUCCCAGCCACAGGUUGACAUAUUUGAUCAGGCAUUUGGGCCUCCUAAUAAUGGUUUUGACGACAGGGACCUCCAGAUUGAAAGUCUGAGGCAAGAAAUUGAGUUACUGCGAGCAGAACUUGAGAAGAUCAAAGCUGAGGCUCAACGCUAUAUUACUCAAUUAAAGUCUCAAAUCAACAGCCUAGAGGCAGAGCUGGAGGAGCAGAGAGUGCAAAAGCAGCGUGCCCUGGUGGAGAACGAGCAGCUACGUAUGGAGUUGGAAGUCACACGAAACCGUAACACAGAGCAUGAGAGCAUGCAGUCUACCUUUGUGGAGGCAGAGAAGAGGGCCCAGGCUACAGAACUGCGCUAUAACAAGCUAAAGGAGAAGCAUGCUGAGCUAGUAGCCAACCAUGCAGAACUCCUUAGGAAGAGUGCGGACACAGUGAAGAUGCUGUCAGCCACUCAACAGACACAAGAAGAGGUGGCCAGAACAAAGCAACAGUUAGCAUUUGAGGUGGAAAGAGUCAAGCAGGAUUCUGACAUGAAGGUGGAGGAGCAAAAGUUUGAAAUGGAUAAAUUGAAGCGAGUGGUGGAAGAAAAGAUUGGAGAGAUCCAACGAAUCAAGGACACCCUGCAAACUUGCGAAAAGGCUAAUGAGCAAAUGAACACCUCCAUGACCUCACUCCAGGUGGAAAAGGAGCGCCUGAUGCGCUGUGUCAGUGAAAAAGAAGCUGAGCUCUCUGCCCUAAGGCAGGCAGCGCAGGUAAAGGAGUCCGCCCUUGUGCAGGAAAGGGAGAGGAGCACUAAGGAGCUUGGAGAACUUCAGGGCAAGCUGAAAGAGAAGCUCAGUCGUGAAGAGCUGUUGCAGAAGAAGUUGUUGGAGGAGCAAUUUGCCCUGCUGCAAGGUACAGUGGCAGAGGCAGAAAUCAUCAUUCAGGAUGCUGUGGCCAAACUGGACGACCCUCUGCAUAUCCGCUGCACCAGCUCACCAGAUUACCUUGUAAGCCGUGCAGAAGCCACACUGAGCUCUAUUGAUAAAGUGCAGGCAGGCCAUGCCCACUAUUUGAAGAAUAUGGGAGAUGCUGGGGUUCUGUUAAGGGCUCUGGCUCAAUUUUCUCAUCUGACUGCUGACACAAUCAUCAAUGGGAGUGCAACAGCACACAUGGCACCAACUGAUCAUGCUGACCGAUUGACAGAGAACUGCAGGGGCUGUGCCAUUCAGAGUUUGCGCUUCCUGCAGGAGUUGAAGUCUAAAGCAUCCCUAAAGGAGGCUGACCCUGCCUCUAUUCGCGUGAUGGUACAAAAGAUCCAGCGAAUUGCACAGGAUCUGAGGCCUAAAGGAAUGGAUGUUGGAAAGGAUGAGUUGGGUGACAUAGUAGAUAAAGAGAUGGCUGCCACUUCUGCUGCUAUAGAGGAAGCUGUGAGGAGGAUUGAUGAAAUGAUGAAUCAGGCUAGACGAGACACUGAAGGAGUCAAACUGGAAGUGAAUGAGAGAAUACUGAAUAGCUGCACUGAUCUCAUGAAGGCUAUUCGCCUCCUGGUACUCGCAUCCACAGACCUGCAGAAGGAGAUUGUGGAAAGUGGAAGGGGUGCAGCAACAGUGAAGGAGUUUUAUGCUCGAAAUUCUCGCUGGACCGAGGGGCUUAUCUCUGCUGCCAAGGCAGUGGGCUGGGGGGCAACACAGAUGGUUGACUCUGCUGAUAAAGUGGUGUUACACACGGGCAAGUAUGAAGAGCUUAUUGUCUGUUCCCAUGAGAUUGCUGCGAGCACUGCACAGCUGGUUGCGGCAUCUAAGGUGAAGGCAGAUCGUGGCAGUAAAAAGUUGUCCAGUCUUCAGCAAGCCUCUCGUCAUGUGAAUGAGAUGGCUGCAAAUGUGGUAGCCUCCACUAAGACAGGGCAGGAGCAAAUUGAGGACAAAGACACGAUGGACUUUUCUGGAAUGUCUCUGAUCAAGUUGAAGAAAGAGGAGAUGGAGUCCCAGGUGAAGGUCCUGGAGUUAGAGAACAUGCUUGAAAAUGAGCGCCUGCGUUUGGGAGAGCUGCGAAAAAAGCACUAUGAGAUAGCAGGAGUUCCUCUGGAACAGCUAAGCCAAGACAAUGGGCUGCGUGCCCCUUCACCCUCUGCCCCCUCCUCUCCCAAACCACCUAAACCUGCGUUAAUGAAGAAACCAGCGCUUGGUCAGAAACCCAACAUUCCACCCAAAAACCUGUUCAGGUAAAAAUAUUGUGGAUGAAGAUCGUCGAACCUGGAUCUCAGAUUGAUAUUCAUCCUGCUUUAAGCCAGGUUUAAAUCAUCUUAAGAAGCCCAUCUCCUUGUCCCCUAUGUGUGUGCCUAAUUAUCUUACAUUCUACCAUAUUAAACAAAUCAUUAUUAUGCCUUGUUUAUUAAGCGUUCCUCACAGAGGUAAGCUAGAAGCAUUUUUAAAAUCUGCACUAUGGAGUAGUAAUGCAGUAAUCUGUAAGAUCCCUUUAUUAUUCACAAAGAUUUUGAAUAUAAAGAGCUCUCGGAUAUUAAACAAGAAGAUUUUUAAACAUUAAUAUAUAUCAUCAAGAUAUUUAAAUUGUUUAACAAAGUAAAGAACGUAAUGGUGGAUAAAGCUAUUAUUUGGGACAGUAAUACAGCCUGAAAGUUUGAUGUUACUGCUUUUUUAUGUUUUGUUUAUAUUGGUGAUUUAGGAUUGGGGUGUGUAAAGUAGGCUGCAUUUGUUUGGGUUCAGUAUUUGACUUUACUAAAACUAUUGUGUACAAUUGAAAUGAUCAUGAACUUAGUAAUAUUUUCUUUUUCUUUUUAAUAUUGAGAUGAUGAGACAUGCUUAUCCAAGAAUAGUCUUCCAUAAAAUCUACAUAUUUUACCAAGAAUUAAUAAUUGCAAUAUUCAAGAUUACAAAAUGCUUGUGUGUUUUAUUAAUCUGAGUCUCUGAGACUGCUCAGUUUAAGCUCUGUUUUGACACAAAGUAAGAAACUUAAUGCUCAUUAGACUUAAACUGAAAGAAGUUGGAGUUCAUAGGAAAUAGGGAGGUAUUGAUCAAGAUCAAUUACAUAUAAUAAGACCAAUAUAAUAGUUACAAUAUUUGAUUGUUUGAAAAAAGUGGCAAUCCGACUAUGCUCCCGGUGUGACUACUACAUAUCUCUUCCACAAUGAGAAAUAGAAGAACAUUAUGUCUAUGAUAGUUUAAGCAGAGAAAGAUGAAAGAAGAAAGAUGGGUCAGACCUAGUAUGAUUUACAUUACUAAUUUUAAAUAGAGUACAAACACAGGGUAUUUUGUUUUGUGGUGUUGUUUUGUUUUAGUUUUUGGUCAGUGAGUCUUGCUACCCAUGUUUCCAAGUUCUCUCAAAAUCUAUACUUCUCACUGUUUUUGUUUUUGUUUAAUUAUUGAUUUACUAAUGUUUAAUCACAUAGAGACACACUACGCUACAUGAGCAUUGUCUGUUUCAAGAUUCAGUUAAAAAAACAUCUCUUAAAAAGUGCCCGUUUUACCAUUUAAUGUCAGUUGAUUUUGGUUUAGGGGCAUGUCUAAGAAAAUCUCAUUAUAAAUUAGUCCAUUUCUAGUUGGAGCAAUGAAGAAUUCUCUUUGGUCUUCAGUCUCAGGUUUUUAGGAUUAUUUUUAUUAAAUGUUACAUAACAUUAUCACUGCUGUUUUCUAAGGUCAAAAUGAGGAUGUUACAAUGGUGGUGGAGGAGAAAGCAUAUGUACUGACUACUACAAGUGAUCUCUUACCAUGGGGUGUUUUUGAUUCUGUGAAAGAGUAUCUUAAAAUAUUUUAACUUUUUAUUUUCUUUCAUUUUGUUUAUCUAAUCUUUAUAAAUCUUUACAAAUCAUUUAAUAUAUCUUAGUUAUGUUUGGUGGUCUCCCUGUACUAAACAUUAAAUUAAUAAUAAAUAUUUAUAAUGGAAACUUUUAAUUGUCCAUAUUGAUUAGUUUGUCUGAAUGCCUUAUUUAUAAAGGAGUAAAGGAUUGCAAUGACUCUGAUCUACUUAUAAUGGAUUGUAGAGAUGCAGGCUUAGUAAAUUGAAUGUUCUAGUUUGAUAUUUAACAGGUUGUUAAAGCAGACUUUCCAAGGUUGCCUGUAGUUUUAUUUGUUUUUUUGUUUGAUUUAAGAAAAGGCACAGUCUAGGCAAUAGAUGGAACUUAUAUGACAAGGUAGCCAUCAGAUUUAGUUGGUUUAGCUGGUUUGUCUGCUUCCUGGCCUCAACUGUACUUACAAUUACGAUUGUUACUACAUACAAACUGUGUCAGUUUAUGAAAUAAGGGGGCACCUCCAUCCCAUGAAGUCUUAAAUCCAAAACGUCCAUUGCUUUUUACAUAAAGAGGCUCCACUGCUGCUGUGCCUCCAUUGGGCAUGUCAGACCACAACCUGGUUAAUCUCAACCCCACCUAUAGCUCUGUAAUUCACUUGCCACCUGUUACCCACAAGACUGUGAGGAAAUUGACAGAGAAAGCUGUGGAGUAUUUGCAGGAUGGACUAUAGAGGACAGACCGGGACUUCCUUUGUGCAUCACCUGCAGACGACAUAACAAACCAUGAAUGACCAAGGACCCACCUAACACCUCCAUGUCCAGUUCUGUUGUGCCACCCUGGGGGGAAUAGCACCUGCUGGAUGCUACAGUACACUCUCUCAGUUCUGUACCACAGUUCUGGGAGGCUUCCUGCUUAGUUCUAGUUCUAAGGACAGCGCCCUUAAGGACUACAGACCUGUUGGACUCACUCAAUACAUCAUAAAAAACUCCCAUAGACUGGUAUUUCAAUCAGCUGCAGCUUGCACCUAUGGUCCCUUCACUUCAGACAACGGACACACAUAGGUGUGGAUGAUGCUAUGAUCUCUGAGCUCCACAGAGUAAACUCAAAACUGGACAAAGCCAGAGACACCGUCACAACAAUGUUCUUUGCUUUCUCUAGUGCUGUUAACACCAUCCUGCUUCCACUGGGAAACAAGCUCAUGGUUUUGCUUGUUGAUUCCCCUACAGUGGCCUGAAUCAUGGAACCAGACCAACAGGCCACAGUUUGUGAGGUUCCAGCGCUGUGUGUCGGAGAUGGCGGUGAGCAGCACAAUCCCAGGGAACUGUCCUCUUCACUCUAAACACAUCAGAAUUCUAGUGUAACUUAUAGUACGACACCAGCUCACCAGCCAAACUACAAAAGUUCUCUGACUUCCAUUGUACUGUGUAUUCACACUGCAAAUGAAUCAGAGUACAGGAGACUGUUGGAUAACUUCUUGUGGUGCAGGAAAAACCACCUGCUGCUUAACAUCAGUAACACAAAAGUGAUGGGUAGUUAAGGGGCCCAAGAAAUCUGUGAUCAUCCAGCAGGAUGUGGGGAUCCACCUGAAUGAUGGUCUGGACUGAAAUCACAGACAGAAAAGACAGAGUUGGCUCUCCUUCAUAUAGAUGCUCAAGUCUUUUGAUGUGUGCAGCUAACUACUGGAGUAAUUGUUUCAAUCUCUUGUGGCCAACAUGCUUUUCUAUGUUGUGGUCUGGGCAACUUCACUGUAGGAGAUGCCAAGUGUGUCAGUAAACUGAUCAGAAAAGCCAGUGCCAUCACAGGACUGACUCUAGACUUAUUGGAGGCAGUAACAGAGAUCACAGAACAAAGCAAAAUCUUCAGAGCAUUUUAAACAGUUCCACUUAUCUAUUCCAGGAGCACCUUCCUUCAUCUGCUCAUUCCAGUAAGGUUUCAGGAUACAUUUUCAGGGCCCCACUUGUCACACAGUACUGAAUAUUAAGGUUUCAGUUGAUGUCAGAGACAUAGUCUCUGCAGUUCUUCAUGUUUAUGCACUGAUGUCUUUGCACCAGUAUGUGUAAACAUUUGUAGUAAUUUGUGUAUUUAUCAUGUGCUGUAUUCUUUUGCUAUUGAAGCAUCCAAACUCUUCAGGAUCAAUAAAGGACAUAUG